CAACGAGAGCAGGUACGGCGGACCUCGGGGAACGUAAAAUCGCAGCUUCCCCACGAGACGGUCGAGCUCACCGUAAGACAUCUCCACCGACCACAGUAUCGACACGCCGAGAAGUCCUAUCGUCAGCAACGGCACAUGUAGCCAACGUGGGCCCCGGAUCGGUAACGAGGGAGGGUGAAGAGGGUUUGAGUCGGGGAGCGCGGGUAUGAGGAUGGUGCCACCGAGCACUUCAGUCGACAUGGUGGGCGUCGACCAAGUCCUCAAAUGACUAAGCCUGUAGUUGCAGCGUGAGCCAUUCAAAUCGAGGAGCUUCGUAUCACGGCAAAAAAGUGUCAAUCGCCGCGGCAGAAAGAUACACAAUCCGGCAUAUUCCCG